GCGAUCCGCGAGACGGUGGCGAAGUGGAACCUGGAUAACCAGGACGCGACGGGGCAUUGCAUCGCAUUCCGCUUUGGCGGGGACGAGUUCGUCUUCCUCCUCGCGUUCGCGGUGGAGGGCGGCACCGCCGAGUCAGCCGCGAGGGAGUUGUUGGAGGAGGUCCGCAGAAAUGUGACCGACCGCGUCAGGGGGCACUUCAAGUUCGCCACGCGGGACAAGGAGAAACUGAAAGACCGUGGCGGCGACCCGAUCAAGGCCAAGGGGCCCGCAAUCUCCAUCGGCGUCUCCAGCGUGCUCCCCCAGACAGCCGGGUCUGACAAGGUUGUGCUCCACCAGAUGUACCUCGAGGCGGACGCGGUCCUGGAGGCCGCCAAGCCGGGCUUCAAGGAAGGCGAGGGCGCUUGCGGCGGCGUGAGCCUGAAGUCCGAGAGGUUGAGGGACAUCGGCCUUCCCCUCCGGGAGCUCGCCGCGUUGCUCUGCGACCAGAACCCGAGCCGGGCGGCCAGCGCGGCUGCAGACCUCUUCCAGGCCGCAGUGAAGGGCGAGGACGAGAAGCGCGCGAUCUGCGAGGUCGACGGCUGCCUGGAGGCGCUGGUGGCCCUGCUGACGGCCGGCUCCGCGGUGGGGAAGGAGAAGGCCGCCGGGGCGCUGCGGAGCCUGGCGGCGGGCAGCGAGGAGCGGAAGAGGCGCGUGGCGGCGCAGCCGGGGUGCCUGGAGGCGCUGGUGGACCUGCUGACGGCCGGCUCCGCGGUGGGGAAGGAGAAGGCCGCCGCGGCGCUGCAGAACCUGGCGGCGGGCAGCGAGGAGCGGAACAGGCGCGUGGCGGCGCAGCCGGGGUGCUUGAAGGCGCUUGUGGACCUGCUGACGGCCGGCUCCGCGGUGGGGAAGGAGAAGGCCGCCGCGGCGCUGCAGAACCUGGCGGCGGGCAGCGAGGAGCUGAAGAGGCGCGUGGCGGCGCAGCCGGGGUGCCUGGAGGCGCUGGUGGCCCUGCUGACGGCCGGCUCCGCGGUGGGGAAGGAGAACGCCGCCGCGGCGCUGCAGAACCUGGCGGAGGGCAGCGAGGAGCGGACGAGCCGCGUGGCGGCGCAGCCGGGGUGUCUGGAGGCGCUGGUGGCCCUGCUGACGGCCGGCUCCGCGGCGGGGAAAGAGAACGCCGCCGGGGCGCUGCAGAACCUGGCGGCGGGCAGCGAGGCGCGGAAGAGGCGCGUGGCGGCGCAGCCGGGGUGCCUGGAGGCGCUGGUGGACCUGCUGACGGCCGGCUCCGCGGUGGGGAAGGAGAAGGCCGCCGCGGCGCUGCAGAACCUGGCGGCGGGCAGCGAGGAGCGGAACAGGCGCGUGGCGGCGCAGCCGGGUUGCCUGGAGACGCUGGUGGACCUGCUGACGGCCGGCUCCGCGGUGGGGAAGGAGAACGCCGCCGCGGCGCUGCAGAACCUGGCGGCGGGCAGCGAGGAGCGGAAGAGGCGCGUGGCGGCGCAGCCGGGGUGCCUGGAGGCGCUGGUGGCCCUGCUGACGGCCGGCUCCGCGGUGGGGAAGGAGAAGGCCGCCGCGGCGCUGCAGAACCUGGCGGCAGGCAGCGAGGAGCUGAAGAGCCGCGUGGCGGCGCAGCCGGGCUGCCUGGAGGCGCUGGAGGCCCUGCGGACGGCCGGUUCCGCGGCGGGGAAGGAGCACGCCGCCGGGUUGCUGCGGGCCCUGGCGGGCCCGCAGUGA